AUGGUAAGCUUGCGAAGGCGCAGACUUUUGGGACUAUGCUCAGGAAACAAUUCAUUUGUUACCCAACUUCCUCUAUACUGUGAGAAUCUAAGUGGUUAUGAAAAAUCAAGUCAGCAUGAUGAACCUAAGAGUGAACAAUCUAUGCUUUCGGAUAUUGCAAGCGUUGUGGACAAUAACACUGUUGUGAAAGACGAAUCAGGAUCAUCAAUUGUGUCUGGUUCUAGCUCGCCUAAAGAGCAGCCUAGUCAACAAAGCAUAGGGCCUCCUAUUAAACGCAAAAGGCAACGUUGGAUAAAACAUAUGCAUGGUCAAGAACUUUGCAUGUUGAGAGGGGUCUAUUUCAAAAAUAUGAAGUGGCAGGCAGCAAUAAAAGUGGACAAGCAACAGAUUCACCUAGGAACUUUUGGAUCACAGGAAGAAGCCGCUCACUUAUAUGACAGGGCUGCUUUCGUGAUUGGAAGAGAGCCGAAUUUCGAGCUUCCAGAAGAAGAGAAGGAGGAACUGCGUAAGUUCGAAUGGGAAGAAUUCGUGACGAUGACUCGAAGAGGAAUUACCAGUAGAAAGCACAAGAGAAAGCGCUGUCCAAGACUUAGGAUUGAGGAACAUUCAUUGCAAAAGGGUGAUAGUGACAGUAAGCAAGGUGUGAGUGGCUCCUCUGCUAGCGGUGACGCAGAGCAAGAAACAGCAUUCUCUAGAAAUAUAUGA